AUGGGAAACCACACAAAAGUGACAGUCUUCAUCCUUGCAGGUUUGACUGAUGAUCCACAAGUACAAAUUAUAUUAUUUAUCUUCCUGCUUAUUACCUAUUUGCUAAGCAUUUCAGGCAAUUUGAUCAUUAUCAUACUCACGCUAGUAGACGCUCAUCUCAAGACUCCUAUGUACUUUUUCCUUAGGAACUUUUCCUUCUUAGAAAUUUCCUUUACUACUACAUGUAUUCCUAAAUUACUUGCUUGUAUGGCAACUGGAGACAAAACCAUUUCCUAUGAGUGUUGUGCCACUCAGGUUUUCUUUGCCUUUCUAUUUGGUGCCUCUGAAUUUUACUUGCUGGCAGCUAUGUCUUAUGACCGCUACGUGGCCAUCUGUAAGCCUCUGCAUUACACGACCAUCAUGAACAGUAAAUUUUGCCUAUUACUUAUGCUCUCUUGUUGGCUGGCUGGCUUUUUUUUUUUUUUUACCAUUUUUGUGCCUCUCCUUUUAGGCUUAAACCUUGAUUUUUGUGACUCCAAUGUUGUUGAUCAUUUCUAUUGUGACACAACUCCUCUCAUGCAGAUCUCCUGCUCAGACACACAUGCCAUAGAGACAGUGGGCUUCAUUUCUGCUUUAACAACACUCUUGGUCACUUUGAUAAUGGUGAUAGUAUCAUAUACCUAUAUUGUUAUAACAAUUCUAAGCUUCUCUUCAAGUACUCAGAGGAAAAAGGCUUUUUCAACAUGCUCCUCUCACAUGAUUGUGAUAUCCCUUUCUUAUGGCAGCUGCAUUUUCAUGUAUGUUAAAACAUCAGUCAAGCAAAGAAUAUCUUUCUCCAAGGGAAUUGCAGUUCUCCAUAUUUCAGUAGCCCCACUUUUGAAUCCAUUCAUCUACACCUUACGGAAUCAACAAGUGAAAAAAGCCUUCAUGAAUACAGCGCAAAGAAUUGUUUCUUUCUUAAAUAAAUGA